ACACGCUUUUGCGCUUCGGAAGCGGCGUUACUCCUUGUGUCUCGCCAAAGGGCUCGCCUCUCCCAAGCAAGCGGCGGUAGCGGAACCGCAGGCAGAAGUUGGGAAGGGAGUAUCGUAAAUUAGACAACCUUAAGCUGAACUUUAACCUUAAAGGUUGGUGUGAGGAAACAAGUAUGGAGGAGGCAGCGAAGGCCUUCCUGGGGAGGUUUAUGGAGGAGUUUCCAGCUGCUCUUCAGCCCGGCGAUGCUCUUCCUCUCAGCCCCCUUAGCCGGAGCAAGCUCAGCCUGGAUGAGGUCCACGGAGAGAGCCUGGAGCUGGGCCUGCGGCUGCUGGCUACCAGGAAUGCCCCACCAGUGCUCAGCACCCUCAUGUGCCAAGCGACUCUCUCAGAGCUGCUGAAGUGCGACCUUUCACCUUUCUACUGCCCCCAGGAGGACGAGGCUGACCAGGAGGACCAGCAGGAAGGAGUGUUGCUCCAGUCAGAGCCAACCCAGCGCCUGUUCUUCAACAAGCUGAGAGAAGUUUGUUUUACCUGGUAUCAGAACCUCCCUCCUCUCCCUGCUGCUUCCACCCGCUUUCUCCUGUGUUCUGUUCAUGCCAUUAGAAACACACGGAGGAAGAUGGAGGACAAACAUGUUACUUUAGCUGAGUUCAACCAGCUCCUUGGCCUCCAGGAUGGUGUGGAGCGUGCCUACUAUGCUGUGUUUGAUGGACAUGGUGGCAUGGAUGCAGCUACUUACGCUGCCACUCAUCUGCAUGUCACUCUAAGCCAACAAGAGACGCUCCACAGCAAUACUGCUGCAGCUUUCAAAAUGGCCUUCAGCCAAACCGAUGACAUGUUCAAACACAAAGCCAAGAGAGAGCGCCUGCGGAGUGGCAGCACAGGCGUGGCAGUGCUGCUACAGGAUCAGAGUUUGACAGUGUCCUGGCUGGGAGACUCUCAGGCAAUGCUAGUCAGACAAGGACAAGCUGUCUCACUCAUGGACCCCCACAAACCUGAGAGAGAGGAUGAGAAACAGAGAAUUGAGGACCUAGGUGGCUGUAUUACCUUCAUGGGCUGUUGGCGGGUUAACGGGACCUAUGCUGUGUCUAGAGCCAUAGGUGAUUUUGACCAGAAGCCGUAUGUGUCGGGUGAUGCAGACUGCGCCACAAUUCAACUCUCUGGCAACGAGGACUAUGUGUUGUUAGCAUGUGAUGGCUUCUUUGACACAGUGAAACCCGCAGAGGUUCCACAACUGGUACUGGAGGCACUCCAGGAUCCUGGAGACCCAGAGGGGGCUGAAGAUGAAGAGUCAGAGAUCGCUGCAGGAAAGAGCAUCGCCCAAAAGCUGGUUACCCACGCUAAGAUGGCUGGUUCAAAUGAUAAUAUAACAGUUGUUGUUGUGUUUCUUCGUCCACCCAAGCUUCUAGUGGCUGAAGACACUCACACAGUUGUAAAAGAGGCAGAAUCAGGCCUCUAACUGCCAACAAGCACUGGGGUAGUGAGCGAAGAGGUCCACAAUUUAGACUGUAUAGUGCUUGACCAGGAGUUGAGACUGAAGCAACAAAAAAAAGGACACCUUACCUUACUGACUUAAUGUUUUUCUGCCUUCUUUAUUUUUCUGGUGCUCAUUUAGGCAGUUCACUGGGCAACAAAACUAAUGUCAUACCAAAAUGAAAUGCUUUAACUUGGCUGUCAUCUUUUACCAGUUAACCACCAAAACUAUAAUUUAUAGACUUUUAUGAACUGUAGAGGUUUACAAUCAGUGUUGAUGUUUGGUGGCUUCAAAUUAUAUUUUAACCUCUUGCAUUGUUUAUACCUUACACAUGACUGUAAGGCCACAUUACCAAAUAAUUGGGCAAUGCGGCGCCUUGGUGUGGUGUGUGGCGGUGUGGGCGUGUCACCACAUGACCCAUUGCGUUCAGUGAUCACCGCAAUGGGCUAUUGCAGCGAUUGUGGCCCACGUGGGUGUCUUUGGUCUGAUCGCCGGCUUACGUGAUUGGCCACUGCAGCGUGCUGCAUUCCGGCAAAAUCCACUCUGCAUAACUGUAGUCCAUUGACUUCCAAUUUCUACUGCAGCGGUCAUACCAGUUUCCUGUUUGUUGACGUUUGCUAUUGACAAUGGCAUAUUUUUCGCAAUGCCUGCAAGAAUUUCCAUGGAUA